CGUCAUGUCACGUCUCCCAAAGUCCCAUCUCGCCUUCGCUUAAACAUAAACCACACCCAUCGCACCCAGCCAGCCCUCGCCAUCCAUGGCCACCACCGCCGCCAUCCACCUGCGCCCGCUCCGUUCCGUCGCCGUCUCCUCCGCGAGGUCACGCUCGCUCCUCCACCUCCUCGCCCGGCCCCUCUCCUCUUCCCAAUCGUCCUACGCCUACCGCCCUUCCCCUACAGCGCCCGCCGCCGCCGCCCCCAACCAUGUCCACCACCCUCCCCAUCACCACCAGUCGGUGCCUCCCCCAGGACCCCCUCCACAGUGGUCCGCGCAGGGACAUCCGCCUCCGCCGCCCCGUGGCUAUGGGCCUCCACCGCCGCAGCACCAGCAUGUGCCGCCUCCGCCACCACGCGGCUACGGACCUCCACCACCGCCUCCACACGGCCACGUACCUCCGCCGCCUCCGCCGCGACACGGCCACGGGCCUCCACCACCGGGCCAGCACGUACUGCCGCCCCUGCUACCACACGGCCACGGACCUCCGCCACCGGGCCAGCACAUGCCACCGCCACACGGCCACGGGCCUCCACCACCGGGCCAGCGCGUACCGCCGCCUCCGCCGCCACACGGCCACGGUCCUCCGCCACCGGGCCAGCACCUACCGCCGCCUCCACCACCACACGGCCACGGUCCUCCACCCCCGCACCAGCAGGCACCGCCGCCGCCUGAUCCUGUGGCGGGGCCUGGGGAGCUGAUGGGACUGUGCCGGGAGGGGCGGGUAAAGGAUGCCGUGGAGCUUCUCUCCAAGGGUGCGCGCACCGACCUGGACACCUUCUACGAGCUCGCGGCCACCUGCUCCAACCCUAAGCUGCUGGAGGAGCUCAGGAAGGUGCACGACUUCUUCCUCCGCUCGCCCUUCCGCGGCGACCUCCGGGUCAACAACAUGCUGCUCGCGAUGUAUGCCAAGUGCGCAGCCAUGCCACAUGCCCGCAGGACGUUUGACAAUAUGCCUGACCGCGACAUGGACUCGUGGCACAUCAUGAUCGACGGCUACUCUGUCAAUGGACUUGGGGACGAGGCGCUGCGUCUGUUCGAGCUGAUGAAGGAGUGUAUGGCACCCACAAGUCAGACCUACCUGCUUGUGCUCAAUGCCUGUGCCAACUCAGAGGCCAUCGAGGAGGCGCUCCUUUACUUUGAUGCCAUGUCCAGGGACCAUGGCAUUGAGCCUGGUGUGGAGCACUAUGUUGGGAUCAUUGAGGUCUUGGGGAAGUCAGGGCAUCUCAACGAGGCUCUGGAGUUCAUUGAGAAGCUGCCUUUCGAGCCCAAUGCCAUGGUGUGGGAGUCACUCUUGAACCUGGCCCGGAUGAAUGGAGACAUUGACCUUGAGGACCGGGCAGAGGAGUUGUUGGUGUCGCUUGAUCCAUCCAAGGCAAAUCCUAAGAAGCUCCCAACCCCACCUCCCAAGAGGCGCCUGGGAAUUAACAUGCUUGAUGGGAGGAACAAGCUAGUAGAGUACAGGCUGCCACCAAAGAUUGAAAAGAAGGUGGUCAAUGAGCAGAGGUAUGUCCCAGACACAAGAUAUGUGCUCCAUGACAUUGACCAGGAGGCCAAGGAACAGGCAUUGCUGUACCACAGUGAGAGGCUGGCAAUUGCUUAUGGUCUGAUUAGCACUCCAGCAAGAACUCCACUUCGUAUCAUUAAGAACCUGAGGAUAUGUGGUGACUGCCACAACGCCAUCAAGAUCAUGUCAAGGAUCGUUGGGAGAGAGCUUAUUGUGAGGGACAACAAGAGGUUCCACCACUUCAAAGAUGGAAAGUGCUCCUGUGGAGAUUAUUGGUGAUAAUGGAUUAAAGCCGCUCUUCUAUCCUUUAUAUGGAGCUGCUGGCAGCCAUGGUUUCAGUUGAUAAUAAGCAAUAUGAAGGUAUCCAAUGGGUGUUGCUAGUAUUUUGUCAUCCUUAAAUAUUCUUAAGAUACUUAGCUGCAAGCACUUGUAUCAUGCAAGGCUAUCACUUGUUGAUGCGCUAAUUGAUCCUACUCUCCUCUGUAUCAACAUCUUGUUUCCCAUGGGAAAACAUGUGCUGGUCUGGAGUAUAUAACAACUAUACGGUUGUAAGAGCUGGGUCUUCCUUGCAUUACUUUGACUAAAACGAAUCUUAUAUAUCUGUGCGCAUGUAUUUAUUUUCUUGUUUU